CAGUAACUGGCGCGGGAGUCAAGUCUCUGAACAAGACGGUCCUAGCUGGCAUACUAUGCGUCACUUUGAAGCACGAAACAUUGUACUGCCCUACGCGUAACGUGAAUACGUCAGUUAGUCCAUGUGUCCGUGACGCGUGUGGACACCCUAGGAUUCAACUGGCUUAAUUGAGAGAAUAUUUUAGUGUGUGGCGUGCGGCUACUUUCUGUUGAGGAAGUAUGGUGCAAAUGCAAACGUUAUCAGCGAACGUCGGUAUCACCAUCGAAGUUGGCGGUGGAAUAGAGAAUCCUGUUUGUCAAGAUGUUGUCGACGAAGGUCGCUACAGACGUACCGAUGAUUGCGAAUCAUUGGCUGUACCUAGUAACAAAUCUACCGAACAGCUGACGAAACGAAGUAGGGAGGACUUGGAAGGUGCAGGGGGUACCGACGUAGUGGACACACUAGGAGUCACCGUGGCGACUCAGGGUGCCUGCGAGAAAAUCAUGAGUGCAUGCAGGAGCGUGAUGCACUGGAAACUAUUGGUGGACGUCAUCCUGACAUUGACAGUUGUCGUACUAUUGACAGUGGUGGAGUUUGGCGUACUGCCUCAUAAUCAAAUUGGGUUUUUCUGUAAUGAUCCAAAAAUUUCAUUCAAAUUCACCGGCGACACCAUAUCAAUGGGUCUUCUCAUUGUAGGAAGUAUUGUCUUACCAUUGAUCGUAAUGUGGAUCUGCGAGUGUAUAUGUCACAAUCCAGACAGCUACAGAACCACAACCGGUUGCACUGGAUCUCGCGCUAAACAGAUUUGGUCCUGGUAUGGACAUUAUGCAGUUGGAAUAGUCACAUUAACAUUCGUGUGUGACGUAAUAAAAAUUCUAAUCGGUGAACCCAGGCCGCACUUUUUCGAUACGUGCAGACCACGCGAGUUGCACAAUUGCACCGAUGGAUACGUGCAUUCUUUUACUUGUACCAAUACCGAUGACGCCUACUGGUUUGUCAGUGAUUCCAGCAAAUCAUUUCCCUCAGGUCAUUCGGCACUUUCCAGUUUCACGGCGAUAUUUUUGAUGUGGUACUUCCAAAAUCGUUUGCCCAAACGAAUGUCCACGUUUAUCCUAAAACCAUGGCUUCAGUGUAUUGCCCUCUCAUGGGGACUCGUGUGUUCCUUGACAAGAAUAGCUGACAAUAGACAUCAUUGGUGGGACGUCCUGGCUGGGGAUAUAUUGGGAGUUUUAUUCGCCAUCUUCGCUGUAAAAGUGCUAUGCGAGGAGUUCAGAUUGAGCGAGGGUGGUGUUUCAAGAGCUUUUAGCGAACCUAUAGAAAAUGGACAUAUAAGUUUUGACGAUAAGCGACAUCAGAGCGUCAGAAAAUUGUUGAGCAAUACCAGCACCGACAUGACGGAAGGUCGGGAGAUGCGUGACGUCACAACAACGUAGAACCAUUAACGUUUCUCAAAUUACGAGGAAACCCAUUGCACGAGAAUUUUAUUUUAAAUGUACAUUUGUCAUUGUGUAUUUCCGUAAAUGACUCUAGCACGUAUUUAUUUCACUGUCUGAUUCACGGAAAUAUACGGACAGAUUAGACGCUUCCGGUUUGUGUCAAUCGCUUCCGUUCCUGUCGAUUGGGAUUCCUUGAGAAAUUGCGUUGUUUCCUAAUGACGACAUGUCAUUAGUUAUGAGAAUAACGCAUGGAUUCGUCAUGGAACUUAGGAAGGGUAUUAAUUAUAAAUUAAUUAUACAAAAAAAAAAAGAAAGAGAAGUCAAGGAAAUCUCUUUUCCUUCUUCCUCGAUUCGUUAGUAUUGAUGAUACUUGCCUGAUAUUUUGGGUCAUUUCUUGCACGUGGAAUUAUUACGUUUCUGUGGAAUAUCCAUUUUUCCAUCGCAGCACGUGUUGCCAUAAUUUUGUAGAUUUUCUUUUCGUCAAUAGAUAAUUCAUAUGCGAAGCGCACAAUUGCGAUAAUGACUCUAAGCUCCAGUGCCUAAACCCUUGCACUUAUAAAGUUACGCUAACAUUAAGUUGUUAAUUCAUGCUACUCUGGAGAGUUCUAGUAUUAUACAAAAAGUUAUUAGAGAAAUUUUAUGUACAAGAGAAUUGGUCAUGGCUCGAUAAAACAAAUAUGAAAUCCGUAACACUACACUUUAAGUGUACGUAAAAAUGUGUACAUAUCUGUUGAAUAAUUAAGCAAUCAAUCGAUUCAAAUUCGUUUUCCCAAUUGUGCCAUUCCAAAGAGAUUAGCUGUGCGCACCGUUGUAAAUUAUUCGUGUAACGUUUGAUUAUUGUAUCACUGUUGAUUUUUCGCAAGGCUCACGCGUGUUUAUUAAGCUUAGGCCGCUACGAAUUAUGCACGUUAACUAAGAAAAGUAGAAAGAAAGACAAAAGGUGAAAAUGCGCCUGUAUCUUGUUUGUGUGCAUAUCUUUUUAGGAAUGAUUUAAAAAGAAAACUUAUAAACUGUGAUCAGUGACUGUCGAGCGUUGUUCACUUCGAAGGUAACAUAGGUGGCUAAGUGAUUUUUAAAAGAAAAGUAUUGUUUUCCGUCUCUACCUUGACCGUGUUGUUUUCUUUUUAAAAUUUCUGGCAGUACAUAGCUGUCAGACCGAAAUCUUUUGUAAAUAUUCUCUUAUACGACACUGCGUGCGUUUAAUUAAUUUAUACUAGUGUAAUAAGAAGGCCAUUCAAUCUCUGUAACGAAAGAUUGUAAAAAAAAACGGUAUUUAUUUAUUCACCUUGGGGCAGCUCCUUUGCCAUCUUUCUGGAUAAAUAGCCAAUAGAGAGCGAAUGAAUUUAGAUGAAAAUAUUUUAUUACGUGUACAUAAAUUAAAAAAAUAUACUGAAUACCUGAAUAUA